AUGCUGACAACGCCACGAGAAGACAAUUUUGGCAGUGAUAGUCAGCCUUUGUGGAUAGAGCAGAUUCGGACAUUCGUGGAGACUGGCCGCUAUGAGAGAGUUGCGGUGCAGGUAAAUUACGAGGACCUGCCCCUGAUAUUGACCACGCUAGCCACGGGUGUGCAACGGGCUAUGCAGGCCGCCGUCGCUGGAAGCACCGUCGCUGGAAGCACCGUCGCUGGAAGCACCGUCGCUGGAAGCGCCGUCGCUGGACGCGCCGACCCUGUGGUUUUCUUUCUUUCCGACCAAGUGGAUGGUUGUUACUGCGAUAACUAUAAACAUGCAAAACAUUACGAAGCACAAUCACUCAUCCACUUUGGUCGCUACUGCGACUGUGGUGAGGUGGACAGGAUACCCACACUCCAUGUCCCGUUCGUAUCGUAUAUGCCAGUGGGAACGUCUGCUGACGACUGCCAGCCCCGAGUCACUGCAGAAUGCAAGAGGGUAAUUAGUAAAGAUGAUGCGAUUCUUCUUCUUCACAUCCCGAAUGUACCGGAGCCUGUUUCUUACACGGCGCGGGAAGGUCUUUGUUAUUUUGACAUAAACGAGGUCCAACCCCGGGUCCAAACCCGGGUCCAAAGCCGGGUCCAAACCCGGGUCCAAAGCCGGGUCCAAACCCGAGUUUCGUACAACUCAACAAUUACAGAAGACGAACCUUGGGAGGUGGAACCGCUCCAACCAUUGGCACCGGAGGAUCUGAGUGAGAUUUUGGAGCGUCUGAGCAAGCGGUAUUUGGUCGACAAGUUCCGUUACAAGAGAUACUCCAUGUCAAGCCUCCCUAUGUCAAGCCUCCCUAUGUCAGACCUCCCUAUGUCAGACCUAUUCAGUGUGUCGAAUCGGUAUACAUACGGCAUAGCCGCGAUGGGUGACCGUGUAGGUUUGGUCUAUGGCGAGACUCUAUCAGGACCUGUGAAGCGUCAAAUUGAUCUACUUCACGAUCUAUUAAGAGCAGAGGAUAAAACCGUCACAAAUAUUUCUUGUCACCCACUCACGAAUGAAAAACUAGAGAACUUUCAAGAUAUAGAUUUCUUCAUACAUCUAGCAUGCCCUAGUGUCCUGGUCAAACGAUGCUUUCAACAACGCAAGACAUUUAGACGAAGAGUUAUUACGGCGUUCGAAUACAUCUUAGGAUUGGAUAUUGAGACAGAAAACUGUUCGGAUGACGCUUCUACCCGCAUCGAUUUUAACGGUCGAUAUGUGCUUGACGCCCAUGAUUUCAUGUAUCAGUUUGAACCUACACUUCGACAACAUAUCAAGCAAAAGCUAGUAACUAAUCAACAAGCACGAGAGGGACUUGAACUUGCAGGAGAGGUAAAGGAGAACCGGAUACAGCUGCAUGAGGCUGCCCUAUCGGUCAUGGGUUCUAAUGCUCCCCUAAUUUCAUAUAGAGAUCGAAGCUACCAAGGUGUUCCCGAAAGCGACGAUGAUGAAGGAAAUGAUAUACAUCAAAUCGUCAAGGGCAGAUCAGGCCACGCUUCUCUAUACAAACACGAAAGAUGUUAUUGA